CGUAGAAAAUGAAUUCCUUCUUGUUACCAGACUUUCUUUUAUGAGACGAUCCAUUUGAAGCAAUCUAAAUAUUUUUCCUUCUGUUGGACCAGCAUGGCAGGAUUCAAGCGAGGAUAUGAUGGAAAGAUUGCUGGGUUAUAUGAUCUGGAUAAAACCUUGGGGCGAGGCCAUUUUGCAGUGGUUAAACUUGCCAGGCAUGUCUUUACAGGUGAAAAAGUGGCAGUGAAAGUUAUUGACAAGACAAAAUUGGACACUCUAGCCACUGGUCAUCUUUUCCAAGAAGUGAGAUGCAUGAAACUAGUGCAGCAUCACAACAUUGUACGUCUUUUUGAAGUUAUCGACACCCAGACCAAACUGUAUCUUAUUUUAGAACUUGGGGAUGGAGGAGAUAUGUUUGAUUAUAUAAUGAAACACGAGGAGGGCCUUAAUGAAGAGUUGGCCAAGAAGUACUUUGCACAGAUAGUUCAUGCUAUAUCUUAUUGCCAUAAACUCCACGUAGUUCACAGAGAUCUAAAACCAGAGAAUGUGGUCUUCUUUGAAAAACAAGGUCUUGUCAAGUUGACAGACUUUGGUUUCAGCAACAAAUUUCAACCAGGGAAGAAACUCACAACAAGCUGCGGAUCUCUUGCAUAUUCUGCUCCGGAAAUUCUGCUUGGAGACGAGUAUGAUGCCCCUGCAGUAGAUAUAUGGAGCCUGGGAGUGAUCCUGUUCAUGCUGGUAUGCGGGCAGCCACCCUUUCAAGAGGCCAAUGACAGUGAGACACUGACCAUGAUCAUGGAUUGCAAAUAUACAGUACCAUCCCAUGUGUCUAAAGAGUGCAAAGACUUGAUCACGCGGAUGCUGCAGAGAGACCCCAAGAGAAGAGCCUCCUUAGAAGAGAUUGAAAACCACCCUUGGCUUCAGGGCGUGGACCCUUCGCCUGCCACCAAGUAUAACAUCCCGCUAGUGUCCUACAAGAACCUCUCGGAGGAGGAGCACAACAGCAUCAUUCAGCGCAUGGUGCUCGGGGAUAUAGCCGACUGGGACGCCAUUGUCGAAGCCCUGGAGACAAACAGGUAUAACCACAUCACAGCCACUUACUUCUUGCUUGCUGAAAGGAUCCUGAGGGAAAAGCAAGAAAAAGAAAUACAAACCAGAUCUGCAAGCCCAAGCAAUAUCAAGGCCCAGUUUAGGCAGUCGUGGCCAACCAAAAUUGAUGUACCCCAGGACCUGGAGGAUGACCUCACGGCCACUCCUCUGUCCCACAUGACCGUCCCUCAGUCUCCCGCUCGAGCUGUGGACAAUGUUCUCAACGGCCACCGGAGCAAAGGCCUGUGUGAGUCGGCCAAGAAGGACGAGCUCCCCGAGCUGGCGGGGCCCGCGCUCGCCAUGGUCCCCCCGGCAAGUCUGAAGCCGGCGGCCAGUGGCCGGAAGUGUCUGUUCCGCGUGGAGGAGGACGAAGGAAGAGGAACC